UAGGCGGAGCCUUGUGCCGCGAGGCUGGGAUCCGGAAGUCGGAGCUUCGCGACUCGCGCGCCUCUCUUCCGCCGUCCUUGUUACACUACUUUCUCCUCUCAGAUCUCCGCCGGAAGUGUAGGAAGAAAGUGGGCAUAUUUGAACUUACCUGUGUCCAAGCUGGUUGAUCAUCAUGAUGAAGUUUAGACACAGACCAGCCCCUGCCUGACGCCCCUUUGGAAGCGACUCAGUAUGGAUUCGUCUUCCUUUGAAGAAAAUAAAAAGCAAGGUAAAGGUUCCAAAAGCUGCAAGAAGCCUACAAAGCAAAAUGGAAAGAAAGCAACCGCCAGAGUGUCUUCCACUUCCCAUUUUGUUCACUGCAAUGAUCACACCAGCCGGGAGGUGGCAUUAAAGAAGAAGAGGAUUGAGGAGAUAAGGGAGAAGCAGCAAGCUGCUCGGGAGCAAGAGAGACACAAACACAGGACCAUUGAGAGCUACUGUCAGGAUGUCCUGAAACGCCAGGAGGAGUUUGAACGCAAGGAGGAAGUUUUGCAGGAAUUAAAUCUGUUUCCUCAGUUGGAUGACGAGGGCACAAGGAAGGCUUAUUACAGGGAGUUUUGCAAGGUAGUAGAAUACUCUGAUGUGAUUCUGGAAGUCCUGGAUGCCAGAGACCCAUUGGGCUGCCGAUGUUUCCAAAUGGAAGAGGCUGUUUUGCAGGCAAAAGGCAACAAGAAGCUGGUCCUGGUUUUGAACAAAAUUGACCUAGUUCCCAAGGAGGUUGUGGAGAAAUGGCUAGAUUACCUUCGGAAUGAGCUACCAACUGUGGCUUUCAAGGCCAGCACCCAGCAUCAGGUCAAAAACUUGAAUCGGUGCAGUGUGCCAGUAGAGCAAGCCCCUGAAUCACUGCUGAAAAGCAAAUCCUGCUUUGGAGCUGAAAACCUCAUGAGGGUUCUGGGAAACUAUUGCCGCCAGGGUGAAGUGCGUACCCACAUCCGUGUGGGUGUCGUGGGACUCCCCAAUGUUGGGAAGAGUAGCUUGAUCAAUAGCCUGAAGCGCAGCCGUGCAUGCAGUGUGGGAGCUGUUCCUGGGGUCACCAAAUUCAUGCAGGAGGUCUACUUGGACAAGUUUAUCAGGCUGCUGGAUGCCCCAGGCAUUGUCCCAGGACCCAACUCAGAGGUGGGCACCAUCCUGCGCAACUGUAUCCAUGUGCAGAAGCUGGCAGACCCUGUGACCCCAGUGGAGACUAUUUUGCAGCACUGCAAUCUGGAGGAGAUUUCCAACUAUUAUGGUGUGUCUGGGUUCCAGACCACUGAGCAGUUUCUGACUGCAGUGGCCCACCGCUUGGGGAAGAAGAAAAAGGGAGGCUUGUAUAGUCAGGAGCAGGCUGCCAAAGCUGUCUUGGCUGACUGGGUGAGUGGGAAGAUCAGCUUCUAUAUACCACCACCACCUACACACACUCUGCCUACCCAUCUCAGUGCUGAGAUUGUUAAGGAGAUGACUGAGGUCUUUGACAUUGAGGAUACUGAGCAGGCCAAUGAAGAUACCAUGGAAUGCUUGGCCACAGGAGAGUCUGAUGAGCUGUUGGGUGACAUAGACGUGCUUGAAAUGGAGAUCAAGAGGCUGCAUUCUCCAGUGAUGAAAAUAGCAGAUGCCAUUGAAAAUAAAACCACCAUAUAUCAGGUAAUACGUAUACAUGGUUUAAAAUUUAAAAGAUACUAAAGGGUAUGCAGUGAAAAAUUGAUCUUGGAGAUCAUUUCACCUGAUUACAUCAAGAGUUGUCUUUUAAUUUUUCAUGACUACAUAAUACCUGGAAGAGGUUUUGAACCCAGCAUCUUUACACUGAGCUACAUCCCUCACUCUGUCUGUCUGUCUAUCUUUACCUAUCUAUUUUUUUUUUUUUUGGUACUGGGAAUCCAUGCUUGCCAGGUAGCACUGUACUGCUGAGCUACAUCCCCAGCCCUUCUAUCUAUCUAUUUUGAUACAGGAUAUCGCUAAGUCACCAAAUUGCCCAGACUGGACUGGAACUUGGGAUCCUUUUGCCUUUGCCUCCCAGAGUGCUGGGACGACAGGCAUGUACCACGAUGCCCGUAUUUGAAGGGUUUCUUAAUGGUCAGGUUUAUAUAUUAGAACUAUCACUCGGAAAGAAAGGGGCCAGGGUGGGUGCAGGGAGUCCUGGGAGGAAGCUACAACCUCUACAGCCUCAAGAAAAGGUGAGAUCUUAAUUGGACCGUGGCAGGUCCUCACAUAGUUUCAGAGGUUUCCAUAUUGCUUAAAGGAAAAAUCAGUAUAAAGUUGUGUGUUUAAGAUUACCUCCCUUAAUGAUAUUUUUCACUCAGCCCGUAAGACCCUGGAUAUGUAACUUUUCCUCAGAACCUUGUAAGUAUUUCCCCUUUCUAUACUGUAAGUUCCAAACUCAGUUCAAGGCUCCCAGGAGGGCUACCUCAUUACCCAACUGCAGGAGACACCUUUUUAGUUAUACAGUAUUGUGAAUGGUGCCCCUGCUCCCAAUUCCAGAAUGAUAUAAUAUGUAGCUUUGCUCAAACUUGCCCCAUCAUGUUUUUCCCCACUACAGUAUAGUACAUGGUCUUAUGCAUGGGUUCAGGAGCCAGACUCCUUAGGUUCUUACUACUUCACUGUUUACUAGUUAGUGACCUUAGGGUCCUUGUUAGCUUUGUUAACAAGGAUUAAAUUAAUUAAUAUGUACAAAGGAGUUAAUACAAUCACAUAAUGUUUAACAGGGUUAUGUUCUGAGAGGUGCAUCAGGCAAAUUCAUUAUUGUGUAAAUAACCUAGAGUGUGCUCAAACAAACUAAAUUGGCUAUGAUAGACAGUGUAAUCUCAUGAGACUACCAUUGUUUAUGUGAUGCAUCGUUCCCUGACCAUCUUUAUGUGGCACAUUACUACAUAUCUACCUAUAUGUAUAUGUUUGUGUGUAUGUCUAUAUAUGUAUGCACAUAUAUACUCAAAUAUAUGUAUAUAUUUAGAAUGGUACCUGCACACUGUAAAUUUUCUGUUAAUACUGGCUUUUACUGCUCACAUACACUCUUCACUCCUGCCAAACACACUUUUUGAUGCCCAACAAUGCUUUGUUCUUUUUCAGUGUUCAGUCAGGAAUGACCCUCCCCAUUAGUGGUAUGUUGACCACCACCAUUGCCCCCAACCUCUUAGUCACUCAUCCUUUGUGUCCCUAUUGGGCAGAUACCAUCUUCUAACUUGUGAGAUAGAUUGUUGUACCCUUUUUUUAGUUUUUAUUUCUUGGUUUUUUGAGAUAGGAUCUUGCUCUGUGUUAUAGGCUGGCCUUGAACUCAUGGUAUAGCCUAUGCUGGUCUCAAACUCAAGGCCGUCCUCCUGUCUCAGCCUCUCCACUGGUGGGAUUACAAGUGUAUAUCAUUGCACCCAGCUCUUUGUCCUCUUUAGUCUGCUUGCUUCCUGAAGGUGGAACUGAAUCUGACUCAUUUUUGUGUCUAUUCUCAUUGUCUCACACAGCUGGGCACAAAAUGGGUUUCAGAAAAUAAUUCUUAAAUUGAGUUAGACCUUGAGGGAUCACUUAAGUGAAGAAUUAUUGUAAUACCAGUUGUGAUUGAUCAAAUAACCCUACUUUGUCAAUUAAAUUUUUUGUAAAAGCCAUGCAAGCUACCAGUUAUCUACCUCCAUUUAACAGAUGAGCAAACUGAGGCUGACAGGCUAAGUACCUGCAAGUAUAUGGCACAGCCAGAACUGGAUCCUAGUUCUGCAUGGCUUCAUGUUCCUUUUUCUUACCCAAGCCUGUCCUUGCCUCCUCUGCAGAAGUCUUUGGAGGUCCUCUGGAAGUCAAGACCUCACCGUUAUCCUCUUUUCUCUCCCCAGAGUGGAGACCUUACAGGGUAUCGCACCAAUCCAAACUGUUAUCAGGUGGGGUGGGCUAAACACAAUGUGGACCACCACCACUCCAAGAACAGUAGCGUUGGAGAGGUCAGCUCAGUGGACCGCCGUCCAGUUCUGCAGAGGAUUAUGGAGACAGACCCCCUGCAACAGGGCCAGGUUCUGGCAUCC